CAGUUGUGCUUUCGAGCUACUAAGCGAUCCAACCCGUGUUUUUGUCCGUCGUCCUGUCUCUCGUACCUAACUAAAUACACUUCCAGUUGCAGCAACAAGACGAACAAUGAGCAUCUAGUACUCAACCACCUGCUCAUUUGUACAUGGUUUGUCUGAUAUUCUCUGUUCCAACACGUCAUUACAGAUACAUAUCUUGAUCUAUUUCGGAAAAGUGUGUCCUAUCCGGUGGGAGAUUCGCAGAGCCAACUUUCUCCUCCUUGAAGAAACACAGGCCUCCGUCCAACAUCGUCAUCACCAGUGAUUCAUACUUUUGUUGUUGCUGCAUCAACUUUUUGGAAGCUUCACGGUCACAAGAGUUUUCAGUCGUUGACUGAAAACAUCAUUGUAAUCCUGGACUGCAAAUUUUACCCCCGAUCUACUUACUACCAUCCGUUCCCUUCUCAUCACCGGGUUCAUUCAUCCUUCCCUGCGGUCAAGAUAAGGAACAAAGUCAUGGCUGAAGUUGAUCGUCGGUGGUUGUUCAACAACCCUUCAACAAUCAACGGCGUUGGUGUUGGCGUUCCAAUGUCCCCAAAUCCUAAAAUGCAUCUGGAACCUAUUAAAGUCCAACCGAAGAAUGUGACUCGAGGAAAUAACGGCAAUGCCAUAAUCUGCAAAAGCAACGCACCCGCACUCUCAAUAAACGGCUUGGGUUGCGACAUUUUGAGUCAAAUAAAUGAAAUCACGGACGGACUUUAUCUCUGUGGAGCAAGGGCGAUGAGGGCGCAGCAUUUGUUGGAACUUGGAAUUACCAACGUCGUCAAUGUAACUGUCGAACUGCCCUGUUUGAAUAUUGAUGAGAUAGAAAGCAUGAAAAUUCAACUGGACGACUCUCCCUACGCAAACUUAUCCUAUUAUUUUGAUCGUGUCGCUGAUAAGGUGGACGAAGUCCGACGGAAAGGAGGUCGAAUUGUAAUCCAUUGUGUCGCUGGAGUCUCCCGGUCGGCCACCUUGAUUAUCGCGUACUUGAUCAAAUACAAAAAGAUGACUUUGCGACAAGCCUACAAUUUUGUUAAGGCUCGUCGUUGUUGUAUACGCCCCAAUGUCGGCUUCUUCCGUCAGUUGGUUGACUAUGAAUCUCGGUUAAUGGGGUGCACCUCGGUCAAAAUGGUUUGGAAUGCCGCUGCUGGCGGGUAUAUUCCCGACGUUUACGAGCCCGAGUAUAACAACACGCUCCUCUUCCUUAAGAAAUACGGAUUGCAGUCGGACCGGCUUGGACGAUGUGCAGGGGAACGGUAUCGACGCUAGUGGAACGUAAAUUAUAAAAAAUUGUAUGCAACAAUUCGGUUUAUGUAUUUAUGUGGAUUAAUUUAUUAUAACGUGGCGAUGAGUAUAGAGGAAAAUGUUAUAGUUUUGUGUACCACUUACUUUUUUCAUGCACUCCAUAUACUUAUUCGCUCGCUCGCUGUGUACCUUGCUAAAGAAACGAAUGCGAAAUGUAUGAAUAGUGUUGAAAUGUGUACGGAAUGUACGGAUGGCGAAAUUCCUAUGAAAUAGAUAAGUGAUGAGCGCGUCAAAAUGUACAUAUGUACCAUAAUUUAAAUGAUAUUUUAAGCUCAUUCUUUUUUGCAUUGCUUCUUUCACAGCUUCGAUUUGUAUAUGUACAUAUAUCACACUUAUUUUGAGCUACUGAAUUUUUAUUCCUUCAUGAUAAGUAGUAAAAGGUUAAAAUAAAUUGUAAUAUUUAGUAAUUCAAAUUAUGAAAGAAAAACUAAAUUACGAAGAAGAUUAUAGUAAAACAUCACAGCCAUAAAAUAUACAAAAUGUAGAUUGAUAAAAUUCUGUAAAUCAUUAUGAAAGUUGGGACCAAAUAUGAAAUAAACCAAAAUGAAGUUAUUAUCCCAUCAA